CAUAAUUCUCAUCUCUAUUUUCAUUUUUAUCGAUUCAUUCUCGAUAUAUACAGACCAAAUUCUCCUCCUUUUCUCUCUUUGUAAACCGCAAAUAAGCAAUCAGGAUAUGGCUCAGAAUAGAGAGAAAGAAGAAACGGAGCUCAAAGUCCCCGAAAGUUUACCUAUUUGCACACAUCCUGCACCGAUUCCAGCGCCGGUACAGCUGUCGGUUACGGGAGGUAAUUGCGAGAGAUCGCCCGAUGGCUCAGAUACGAAGGUGCAGGGUGGCGACGACCAAAGAAUUAGCUCGGCGACGUCCCCGGAGAGAUCAGAUCUGGUGUCCGCGACUCAAAGGGCAGGAGGAUUAGCUGCGGAGGUGGAGAAACGAGGCGGAUUGAAGAGACCUAGAGAGGUGACCCGAUGUUCCGGGUCUGGGUGCAGGAAAAAGAUCGGGUUGAUUGGAUUUCGAUGCAGAUGUGGAGAAAUGUUCUGUUCCGAGCAUAGGUAUUCAGAUCGCCACGAUUGUAGCUACGAUUACAAGGCGGCUGGCCGGGAAGCCAUAGCCAGGGAGAAUCCCGUUGUAAAAGCUGCAAAAAUCCUUAAGGUUUGAGGUAGGGAAAAAAAAUAAAAAAUUGAAGCUCAAUAAUUAGGUAGCAUUUGAAAAUUCGAGAAACUAGUGAGGGUAUUGUUGUCAUUUUAUGUUUAUCAUAAUGGUAAUUGAACUUCUAUGCUUUGCAAUUUUUAUUUUUAUUUUUAUUUUUAUGAAUUGGUUUAGCUGAUUUAAUUACUUUCUAAA